UGUAUUGCUGGUGGUAUUAUGGUAUCCAAAGUUCAGCUGGCUGCCCAACCCAGAAGGUGAAAGAGCGAUAUGCUAUCUCAGAGGUGCGCAAACAACUUUUCUCAAGCAGUCUUCAAGAACAGACCAUGAAGAUUUUUCAGGGAUUUGAUGUCCUGAUGUUCGAGUUGUGAUUCUAGCCAUAACAAGGUUCAAUGAGUCUCUCUGAGGAGGGAGAGCAGUGGACCACUGCCUCUAAGAUGAGUCUCUCUGGAGAACAUGACUCCAACUCAAAAGCUGAAAGCCCAAUCCAGCAGAAGAGACCAGUCUCACCUGUAACUAGCUGUGUGUCCAUGAAGAGUGACCAAUCUAUGGGACAUCCAGUGCUUUUCAGGAAGAGAGAUGGUUCUACGAAACAAAGCCCAAUCCAGCAGAAGAGACCAGUCUCACCUGUAACUAGCUGUGUGUCCAUGAAGAGUGACCAAUCUAUGGGACAUCCAGUGCUUUUCAGGAAGAGAGAUGGUUCUACGAAACAAAGACACCAACAGAACACACCAAAGUCAGAGAUUCCUAGUGGUCAGUCUGCCCAGAGUCAUCAACAAGACCUGCCCGCUAUACUAAAAUCACUUGAAGAAAAUGUCAUCACAUUUGUGAAGAAUGAGUUGAAGAAUAUCAACAGGAUUCUAUGUUCUGAGAGUUCAGAUCACCCAGUAUUCUUCGGGAGUCAGACAGAGGACAAAGACGUGGAUAAACCGGAGAGGAUUGCCCGAGAGGGUGCUCUGGACAUCUCACUGUACAUCCUGAGGAACAUUAACCAGAUGGAGCUCGCUGACAAACUGGAGAAAAAUACACCUGCCAUGAAGAGCCAACGUAAGCUAAAAUCUCAUCUGAAAAAUAAGUUUGAAUGUGUAUUGGAGGGAAUAGCGAAACAAGGAAACUCCAGACUUCUCAGUAAGAUCUAUACAGAGCUCUAUAUCACAGAGGGUAGAAGUGGAGGAGUCAAUAAUGAAAAUGAGAUGACACAGAUUGAGGCAGCGUCCAGGAGACCAGCAACACAUGAGACACCAAUAAAAUGCAAUGACAUCUUUCGGCCCUUACCUGGACAAGAUAAAUCUAUCAGAACUGUGCUGACGACAGGAGUCGCUGGCAUUGGAAAAACAGUCUCUGUGCAGAAGUUCAUUCUGGACUGGGCUGAAGGGAACGCAAACCAGGAGCUUCAAUUCAUAUUUCCACUUUCUUUUCGGGAGAUGAAUUUGAUGAAGGAGAGAAACCACAGCAUGAUGGAACUUCUUCAUCGCUUUGUCAUGGAAACCAAAGAAUCAGGAAUCUCUAACUAUGACAAGUACAACGUUCUGUUUGUCCUUGAUGGUCUGGAUGAGUGUCGACUUCCUCUAGACUUCAAGAACAACAAGAUCUGUUUUGAUGUCACAGAGUCUACCUCAGUGGACGUGCUGCUGACAAAUCUCAUCAAGGGGAAUCUGUUUCCCUCCGCUUUCCUCUGGAUAACCUCCCGACCUGCAGCAGCCAAUCAGAUCCCUCCGGGGUGUGUUGACCAGGUGACAGAGGUACGAGGGUUCAACGAUCCACAGAAGGAGGAGUACUUCAGGAAGAGAAUCAGUGAUGAGAAUUUGGUCAGCAGAAUCAUCUCACAUAUCAAGAUAUCAAGGAGCAUCCACAUUAUGUGCCACAUACCUGUCUUCUGUUUGAUUUCUGCUACAGUUUUUGAGAACAUAAUGAAGACGGAAAAAAGAGUGAUGCCCAAGACUCUGACUGAGAUGUACAUGUAUUUCCUCAUAUUUCAGUCCAAACAGACACUGGUGAAGUUUGAAGGGAAAGAGCAGAUCGAUCAACACUGGGAUAAAGAGAGCAUUAUGUCACUGGGGAAACUGGCUUUCCAACAGUUGGAGAUAGGCAAUCUGAUUUUCUAUGAGGAAGACCUGAACAAAUGUGGUAUUGAUGUCAGAGAGGCAUCAGUGUAUUCAGGACUGUGCACACAGAUCUUCAGAGAGGAGAAUGGGCUGUACCAGGAGAAGGUAUACUGCUUUGUUCAUCUGAGCAUCCAGGAGUUCAUGGCUGCUGUGUAUGUGUUCCUCUCAGCCGUCAACAACAACGUGAAUCUAAUGGCCAAUCCGCAAUCAACCUCUGCCAAGCUGCGGACACUGUCUAUUGACAACCGUCUAAUCGACCUGGCAAGGAGUGCAGUGGACAAGGCUUUAGAGAGUGAGAGUGGACACCUGGACCUGUUCCUCCGCUUCCUUCUGGGCCUCUCAUUGAAGUCCAAUCAGACUCUCCUACGAGGCCUACUGACACAGACAAGUAGCAGCUCACAGACCAAUGAAAUGAUUGUCAAGUACAUCAAGGCAAAGAUCAGGGACAAGCCCACCUCGGAGAGAUGCAUCAAUCUGUUCCACUGUCUGAAUGAGUUGAAUGACCAUUCUUUAGUGGAGGAGAUCCAAAGCUACCUGAGAUCAGGAAGUCUCUCAGAAGCCAGCCUCUCAUCUGCUCAUUGGUCAGCUCUGGUCUUUGUGUUGCUGACUUCAGAAGAGAAGCUGGAAGUGUUUGACCUGAAGAAAUACUCCAGAUCAGAGGAAGGUCUUGUUAGGCUGCUGCCAGUGGUCAAAGCCUCCAGAACAGCACUGCUGAAUGGAUGUAACCUCACAGAGAGCUGCUGUGCUUCUUUGGCCUCGACUCUCAGCUCAAACUCCUCCCAGCUGAGGGUGCUGGACCUGAGUAACAAUGACUUGCAGGAUUCAGGAGUGAAGCUGCUCUCUGCUGGACUGGAGAGUCCACACUGUCAACUGGAGACACUGAGGCUGUCAGGCUGCCUGGUCACAGAGGAAGGCUGUGCUUCUCUGGCCUCAGCUCUGAAGUCAAACCCCUCACAUCUAAGAGAGCUGGACCUGAGCUACAAUCACCCAGAAGACUCAGCACUGAAGCUGUUCUCUGCAGGACUGGAUAAACUCAAUUUGGACAAUGGUGAAGCGCUCCGGUUACAACCUGGGCUUAAAAAAUAUGCCUGUGAACUCACACUGGAUCCAAACACAGCAGGCAGACAGCUCAUUCUGUCUGAGGACAACAGAAAAGUGACAUCGGUGGAGAGUUUUAAGGACCGGCCACAGGUGCUGUGUAGAGAGGGUCUGAAUGGGCGUUGUUACUGGGAGGUAGAGUGGAGUGGGGAGAAAACUCGUUUGGCAGUGACCUAUAAAAGAAAAAGUAGUUUUGAUUCCAAUCUACUUGGAAGCAAUGACAUAUCUUGGGGUCUGGGAUGCUACAGUGAUGGUUACACUGCCUGGCACAAUGGUAAUCACACGACCAUACUGGCCCCUCACUCCAAUAGAGUUGGAGUGUAUCUGGACUGGCAGGCUGGUUCUCUUACCUUCUAUAGCAUCUCCUCUGACACACUGACCCACCUGCACACAUUCCACACCUCAUUCAAUGAGCCCCUCUAUCCAGGGUUUUUGGUUGAGGAGACGGUGUCCCUGUGCAGGGUGAUUUUUAGCUCGAGCUGCUAGACCUGCUAGACCUUAUUGUUUCUUAGCAACUGGACCUUCCAGGUAAAUCUGGCUAUUCAAAUCCAUCUUUCUUCUUCUUCUUUGGUACGAAAUACAGUUUCCCCAUCAAUAGAAUAAAAUGUUACGUAGCAUAUUAUGUAUUCAAGCCUACAGAUAUUAUACAAUUAAAAAUAAUUCAACAUGAAGUAGGAAGUUAAGCGAUGUUGCCAUAGACCUGAUAUAUUGACCUUUACACGGAACCCAAACCGGCUGCGCGCAUGCGCCAUCGUGCAUAAAUGGAUU